UAUCAAAAGGCCCGGCCAUGCAGCCUGCAUCAGCGCUUAAGGCGGGGUCUGCAGCUCCUGUUCGGAGCCUGCUCUUCAACGCAAUGAUUCUCGAACAAUCCUCACAGCCGAAUCCUAUUAUCAAUUCUUAUAAUAGGGCUCAUAUUUCAUGUCACCUUUGGUAAGGUAUUUUCCUCCAAUUACAAUGCCAUCAAUCAACAUGGACCGAACGUGCUGUGAUUCUUGCUCGCAACCAGAAGUGCUGUACUGGAAGAAAGGUGAUCAAAAAUGGAGACCGUCAAUGAACACCAGUGAGAAGGAAUCAGCAUCCUUUUCAGCAGACGAGGAAGAUUUCGAUGUUUGCAUCGUCAAGGCUCGUGCGCAGAAAAUACGCGAAUGCCUAGCAUGCCGAGAGAAGUUUGGCAAGGCCUUCCUGAUCCCAGAUCUUUGGUGGAAACGAUAUUGCAGAGAUUCCAACGGUUACUUUGGCUACGGUACCAAAAUUGACGAGGACGGAAAUUCCACAGGACUGACUACAUGGGCACGCUUUCCAGUGAAGCUCACGAACGAGGGACAUCCAGGAUAUGAAUGGUCAAAGAUUAAUGUGUUUACGCACUGGGUGGCGGAGACUCAUCAAACAAUCCUCAUUGUUUUCGACGCCGUUCAACCAGGGGCAAACUGCAUGAAGAGGGUACCGGCAGAUGAAUUCGACCCCAUGUACGCCGUGCCGAACGCCGACUACUUCAUCGAUCCCUACUGGAUAUACAUCGGAAUCUUGGAGAAGGUCGUGACUCUGCAAGAUGCCGCUGUUUGGGCUGUUCGAGAUACGGUCAGGACCACGGAGAAGAAAAGGGACAACAUCCCCAUGCAAGACUCGGUCACGCCGAAACCUACACCGGACUAUCGUCAUUUGCACGAAACCGCACGACAUGCUAUACACGUUUCGGAGACGCUGGAUCUAGCCGUCAAGGCUGCGAGGAAGAUUUUACUGCAACACGAGACAUACAAGGCUGGCCCUGACGAUCAGUCCAGGCCUACCGCCGCAUGGAAACGAGCUUGGAAUCACACGCAUCAGCGGCUGCAGUUUUAUGAAGAAAUGAUCACCAGCCUUCAAGAGCGCUCGGCUUCCAACAAAGCUCGACAUUUCAACGAGAUAUCGCUCGCCUACAACAUGGUUGCUCAAUUUGACUCUGGGAUUUCUGUAGAUAUUGGUCGCGCGACGCAGAGGGACAGCGAGGCCAUGAAAACUGUGGCUUUUCUCACGCUGCUCUUCCUGCCAGCAACUUUCGUUUCCGCCGUCUUCAGCACUUCAUUUUUCGAUUACGACUCGGGAGCAGACUCGUGGAAUGUCUCGGGUAAGUUCUGGGUAUACUGGGUUGUGGCAAUUCCAAUUACCGUCGUAACGGCUCUGUUGUGGUACUACCGACAUCAUCUGAACCCUUCAGGUGGUUGCGAGUUACUUCGACGGGCGGACUCCCAAAGAGUAGUCGCAUGCAAAGAUAUUGAGGUUGGGGAGGGUAAAGCUGUCGCGGGGCUGUGGCAUCAGGCACCUAAGUACCUAGUCUCGGUAAACGGACAGCAUGCUGUGCCGCAUGAUUGAGAAGUCUGCUGGCGCAGUCGUCCUGCCAAUUGGCUAUAUUUUACAACAUACAGGGAGAGUCAUGUGAUCAAUGCAAUAUCGUCUGCUGUAAGAAAGUGGGAAAAAAUGCGGUGACUGAGCCAUUUGGAGCU